GAGAGCCAGUAGGGGGUAAAAAUCCAGUCAGUUUUUUGUUGCACUUUCAGAUGAGUUCUUCUCCCUCGUUAGAGAUAUUGGCGUAGCUGACAGAUCAUUUCACGCCAGUUUAAGGAAUAUUUUAGGGACAAAUUGUCUCCAAGGGGCAAUAUGAGCGGGCAGUCUGAGCCCUUAUAAUGCGGAGAGAUCAAGUCCGAGUAGUUUGUCGUUAUGAACGCAGCACAGACGGACCCUGAGAAACUGCUUUCAUGGAUUGAUUGAUUGGUUGUUUGGCAUUUGAUUUUUUUUUUAUUUUUCAAAUCAGAGGAUUCUCCUUUUUUCAUGUGCGGUGGUUAGUAGCCUAUAUUAUAACAAAAACUGUGGAUUAUUUUUGUGGGAUCGAGGAUUUUUGGAGGUGCGUCUUUAUUUUGGAGUUGAAUGAGGAUAUUGAUUUUUUACAGUUAGCCUACGCCUGGGUCAAGGAUCCGGAGAGGGGAAUUAACCUUUCACAAGGUGGAAAUAUUAGUCUAAUUGGACCCCAACUCCUCUUUCCUACCGCUGAGUCCAAUAUGAAGUCUGUCACUGUGUGGGUGUGCGUUUACAGCUUUCUUCUGCUCCUAGAUAAGGCAGCGAGUUCCUGGGAUGGUCCCUCACCUUUGCCUGUGUCCGUGGCCAACAGUGCUCCUGGAUCUCCAGACACUGAGUCUGGGCCCGGAGCUCAGACAGAAUGGGUGGACUGCAUCCAGGCAAGUGACAUGUGCAACCAGAACCCUCACUGCAGCUCUCGGUAUCGGGUGAUGCGCCAGUGCCUUGUGGGCAAGGAGAAGGAAGCCAUGCUGGACAACAACAGGGAGUGCCAGGCUGCCUUGGAAGUGCUGCUAGUUAGUCCUUUGUAUUACUGUCGCUGCAAGAGGGGCAUGAAAAAGGAGCUACAGUGUCUGCAGAACUACUGGUCCAUCCACAUGGGACUGACUGAAGGUGGUGACAUUGAUGACUCAUCCCCGUAUGAACCUGUGGCACCCAACCGACACCCUGACGCGUUCCGCUUGGCCUCCAUCUCCUCAGGCAUGACAGGGAUGCUCACAGUGGCUCCAAAAGGUUUCCACUGUGCCGACACAGAGAGAACCUGCAAUCCCUGUCUUGAUGCGGCCAAAGCCUGCAACCUCAACGGUACCUGCAAGAGGCACCGCUCCUCCUACAUCGCUACCUGCAGCAAGGAGGACCCCAACAAAGGUGAAGUCUGCAGCAAGAAACGCUGCCAUAAAGCACUGAGGUUAUUCCUGGACCGUGUGCCCGCUGAGUUCAGCCACCGGCUGCUCUUCUGCCCCUGCCAGAGUGAGGGCUGCGCUGAACGACGCAGGCAGACUAUCGUGCCUGAUUGCUCCUACAAAGAUAAGGAAAAACCCAAUUGUCUGGAGCUGCGGAGGGUCUGCCGCCAGGACUCUCUCUGCAGGUCUAGGCUGGCGGAUUUCAUUGUAAACUGCCGGAGUUACCCGCCCACAGUGAGCACCUGUCCCAACCAAGACAAUCACCAAGCCUGCUUGGCCUCUUACACAAGGCUCAUCGGGACGGACAUGACUCCCAACUAUGUCGACAGCAGUUUCUCCAACUGGACCGUCUCGCCCUGGUGCACCUGUAAGGGCAGCGGAAACCAAGAAGAGGAAUGUAUGACGUUCCUGCAGAGCUUCACCGAUAACACAUGCCUAAGAAAUGCCAUCCAGGCCUUUGGUUAUGUGUCUCUCCCAGGCCCCUCAGUGACGACGAAGACAGGGUUGGAUAGGUCGACAGCCACCUCAGAACCUCCCUUUGUCAUCAUUGAGAAGUAUCGUGAACCGAGAGGUGGCUCAAACAAACCCCAGGGCCUGCCAGAGGAUCACUCCGCCUGUCUUUGUGCCAACGUCUGGGCUCUGCUUCCCGGCCUGGCUUUGGCUCUGGUCCUGGCUCAGCAUGCCUUAUAGAAGCGCCAGGAGGAGAAAAAAGAGGUCAUCCACCCACAAGCUGAUCCCAAAAGCAGAAGGUGUUAUUUCUGAGACUGAUAUUAAGAAGGCUGAAUCUCUGGGCAGUUGACAUAAAUGGCAUUUAUGAAA